GAGAAGAACAACAACAACAAUGGCGGCGCGUGACUCCAAAUCAAACAUCCCAGAGUUUGAAAGCAUCGAUAUUAACACCAAACCAUUUCACAUCGACUCUUUCAGAGCAGAGUGGCUCAAGCGGCUCCAUCCGGCUCAGUAUUCUUAUGAACAGCCAGACGAGGACGAGUUUGAUGUGCACUUUGCCCAAGAGAUGGGGCUCGACGCAGGGACCAUGUCUGAGCUCACGUCUGUCUGCAGCACCGACUCUCUUCUUUGCCAUCCCAAGGACGAGCAGCCUGACACAGACCUCGUGCCUGAAGAUGCAACACUCAUAACCUUGAUACAACGGAAAAAGAAACAAGAUCGCAAACUUACACAGAAAUGUCCAAAGAACAGACAUGAGCACUAUGCAGAUGAACUGGAGCGGGUAACGAUUGAGAGAAAACCAGAGGCAGCUGAAAAUUUGGUCCCAGAAGGAGAUGUUCUUCUAACCAUAAAUGUAUACUACCCAGCUGUUUUUGAUAAAUUCAACUACACCAGGCCUCAUAUGACUUUGCUAAUGACCGGCUCUCACACACUGGCAGAGCUCAGAGAUGCCAUUUGCUGUGUCAGCGACUUGCAAGUUUGCGGGGAGUUUAGUAACAACCCUGACAUAGUUCCAGAUUUUGUUAGCAAAGAUCACUAUAAGUCAGCUUUCUUCUAUUUUGAAGGAGUCUUCUAUAAUGACAUGCGUUUUCCAGAGUGCCGAGAUCUUAGCAUCACAACUAUUGAAUGGGCAAAGAGUCGAAAUUUUCCUCCGUUCACUCAAGCAAACAUGGAGGACACACGGCUUGUGGACCUGAAAGUGAAAGUGGGCUUCCCGUACCUUUACUGUCACCAAGGAGACUGUGAGCAUCUGGUCAUCAUCACAGAUGUUAGGCUCAUGCACAGGAAUGACUGCCUGGACAAAAAAACCUAUCCUCUGCUCAUCCACAAAGAUCGUAUUGACACUCAUAAGUGCUCCGUUUGUCACGUCUACAUUGGCAGGUGGCAUACUUCCAAUGACCAGUUUGCUCCUAGUGACCCAUGUCUCUUCUGUGACAAGUGUUUUCGAAUGCUGCACUACGACACACAAGGAAACAAGCUUGGGAACUUUCUGGCCUAUCCCUAUAUAGACCGAGGUGCCUUUAACUAAGGUCCUGUUUUAUUGCUGUAUAUUACAGCAUACAAAUGUUAAGUGUAGUUAAAUUGUUUUUUCCAGUUUAACAUUUUCCUGAAGAUUUAAUUUCUAUUAAAGGUUAUUUUUAAAUCUUU